AUGGGUUUCGGAUUCUUUAGCCGCAUAAAACGAACAGCCCGUGCAAUGAGAAUUGCCUGGUCUUCCAAGUCGAGCAACGAUGAGAAAAUCCCCACCUACGAAGAAACAUCCUUAAGCCGCUUCUCUGAUGAGAAAAUCCCACAAGGGAACAAUUUCAGAGAGUCUACAGCAAUAGAUAUAGUUGCACCCCCCGCAUACGCACAUCGAAGCACUCCAGCACCUCAAAAAGGCACCGUCGCUCUCCACCACGCAGCAUUCACAGGUAACGUAUUACUCACGUCUGCGCACCUAUGUACACCCGGCAUCAAUGUCAAUACUACCGACAAACACGGCUACACCCCACUCCUUUAUGCGGCCCAAAAGGGACGAGUCGGUGUCGUCAAGCGUCUACUCAAGACUCCAGAAAUCGAAGUGAACCCAUGUGACUCCUUUGGAAUAUCGGCACUCUCUUGGGCCGCGAGACGCGGCCAUUUAGAGGUUGUGGAACUUCUCUGCAAGACUCCGGGUGUUACUGUGGAUCAUAAAUGUGGAAAUCGACGUGAAAGACAGUAUAGGAAGCACGCCAUUGAUGCUUGCGAGUCAGGGUGGGCAUGA